AUGGAUUUCUUCACUGCCAUUUCGACGAUUGGCGAUACGCGAGCGGUAGCCAAGGAAUUCGCCUAUGCCUUCAUGCAAGCCUUGAUCUCUGAUCCUGAAAACUGGAUUAUAAAAGUCUCCCACCAGUUUGUGGGUCACUGUUUUAAAGCUCUUAACCUGAAUUUCCAAGUGAGCAUUGAGGAAUUUAGUCAAACACAGGAUCAUCCGUAUCUCGAUCAUAACCCCAACUAUAUCUUUGAUCCUCCGCCGAAUUUAAUGGAGAGACUGGAUGAGUUCCUGGUUCAGCUGCCUCGGAUGUUGGCCCAAAUUGCAGACCAUCUGGCCAAGAAGGGGGACAGAGAUCAGAUACAUCCAUUAUCAUGCUAUCUGAAGCUCGUCGUAAAGUGGAUCAAAGUGGUGGAUGCCGUAGGUGCCGACCUGGAACUCAACCAAUUCCUGUGCGAACCGCUGGCCCGACUGUCUUUCAGCUUUCUGGGCGGACUGGCCAAAUUACUGCCCGACUAUGAGGACUUCCAAGGUCUGAAGGAGAUUUGCGUAUCACUCGCCGUGGGUGUUCGAUAUGGCGUAUUUUACCAGGAUACCUGCCCAGUGAUUGUCCCACCCAUGCUGGAAAUAUUCCAACAGCACUACGAAUUCUUCUGUGGCGCGGAAAACUCUGCCCUGGACUUUGUCUACACUAUCCUAAGCGUUGUGAUGACCGAGAACGAAAGCUAUAUCAUGGCCUAUGAGUUCUUGGAUUCGGUGCUCAAGCUGUUUAAAUCGAGGAAGCAAAGAGAUUACCUGCGAUCCUUCUCGAACGAGCUGAUAACAGGCAAGUAUGUGAUCCUGCAAUUUGACACCCUCGAGAAGAGCCAGUCCAAACACUUGCUUUUGGCCACCUUGAGGUAUUUGAUGACUCUUCAAAGAUAUUUGGACAGCACAGAGGGAUUCCCAAAGCGAUUCCUUGAGGUUCUGCUGCAACUUGUCCUGAGGAAGCAGUCGACUUGUAUGGUAGUUGCUUCUAUGGCGUCAAAGGUAUACAUAGCCCUAGCAAAGCGGCAAUCCCAGAUUGAGGAUUGGGACAUAGGACAGCACAUCCUGGAAACCUACAUCAAGAAUCCUUCAUCUCCCCGAGCAAUUGUGAGCUACGCGCAAUUCCGAGCUGAACUCAAGCGCUAUUUGGAGACCAUGAAUGAACACUUUGAAGAGCUAAUGGAUUUCAGGUUCUUCUGCAAACUGCUCUGCGCUGCUAAUGUUCGCAUGGAGUUAAGUCUUAUUGCAGCCCAAUCGGUGAGCAUUCUCUUUGAACUUCGCAUGGCAGAGUACUCUGACCCAGAGGUUCGGCACCAGGUCGAUGAAUUCUUGUGCGCCUGGCCGCAUUUUCUGCACACCUCAUUUACGCAAAGUGGGGCUAGACCCAUUCUCCUUGGCAUCUAUGGUAUGAUCGAUUUUGACGCUGUUGCGGAGUGUAAUGCUACUUUGCUUAUAAAGUUGGAGGAUUGCUGUCUAAAUAGUUUCUUAGACGACUACACCCUUACUGAGUCGGAGAUCUAUGACCUCUACUGGAAUAUGUCGCGCUCUGCGGAUGUAACUGGGAAUAUUCUGUUACACUCCACAGCAGCAAGGGAUUUGCGGGAAAGGAUUGUCAGCUUGCAGGACGAUUUGAACACCGCCGAGGCUUCUUCACCGGAGAUCCCUAUAAGUAAUGAGCUUUUUGAGGAAUAUGCCAAUAAUAUUCGUCGCCUGCAUGCAAUGCUGAUGGCCAACAAACUGCGCCCACGUCAUGUUAAGAAUCUAUACGAAACUCUUGCCAAAUUUGUGCUGGAAAGACCUACACAUAAUGAGAACAUAACUCUCUAUGGAUCGGAGAGCUUGGCUGCCAUGCUAGUACUGAUGCACAACAAUCUAAGGCAACCGAACCAAGAGAAGACCAUUAGGAUAUGCGGUAUAGCCCAGCAGCUAAAGGAUUUUUGCACUACUGAACUGUCCAACGACAGACUGGACUUGAAGCGGGCAAAGUUCAUGUUCUGCUCGGUGCUUAUACUGCAAAUCUAUCAGCUACCCAAUUCGAACCUUGAUACUGCUGCUCUCGACACGAUUAUUGAGUUACUGGCCUCACCACCAAGGGAUGUACAACCUGUAGAUGAUCUACCAGCCAGUGAAUAUGUUUCCGACAUGUACUUCAUGUUCCGUCACCUCAUCAAAGCGGCGGAAAUCUUACUUCCCAGUAAUAGGAUGUGGAAGAUCCUAGUUCAAUAUAAGGCGUCUGUACCAGCAAUGAGGUACCUGGAUCUCGAGAUUGCGAAGCUGAUAGAUGCCAUCAUGGAAUUUCGUAUUGACAUUUAUAUUAAUUGUCUGCCGAUUAUACAGUUGCACUUAUACCAUGAGUCCAAAGCCAAGAAAAAGGCUUCUGUUGCUUUAACUGCCCACGUUCAGCUCAUCGAUAGGAACUGCGCUGUUUUGGAUGCCUGGCUGAUGCGUUACAUCAUCUUUAGGGAUACGCUCAAUCUUUUGAUUAAGAACAUGCGCUUUCGGCGAACAGAGGUGUCCGCCUCAAGAAAUAUUCUGUUUCCGCUGCAGCAUGUCCUGACCCUCGUAUCCGAUUUGCACCUCCACGAAGAACACUUCAAAAGCAUAUCCAACCAGAUGCGCUGUUUAGAGGUGGAGGCAGUUGGAAUCCAGGAGAAGGCCGAAAUGGAGAACUUUAGAACGGAGAUAAGCAUAUAUUUAUAUAAGGUCGAAGAUGAUGUUGAAGGAAAACUCACAGACCUGCCACCGGGACCUCUUAACUUUUGGCAGCACAACGCUCUACAAGAUUCAAGCGGCUCAGCGAGACCACAGGUUCCCCAAAUACUCAUAACAUCACAUGAAUAA